AUGAAAGAUCCCGAGCGGCGGAAGCGUAUCCACUUCAUGCCCCUCAAGACCACGCUGAUUCUCCUGCUGUCCUCUGGAUGUUGGUUUGCAUUGGCCAUCGGCUGGAUGCUUGUGCUGACAAGCGCCCUGCUCCCCUUCGUGUUCUAUUUGGGCCGCUUCGGCCUGCGCAUGGGCAUCAUAGCUGACCUCCAGGAGAUACCCGAGCCCUCCCCGACAAGUCUGGACAACUCCCCGUAUGCGGGCGAGGAGGGCGACGACUAUCUGGAGAGGAUUGUCACGGCUCGCUCCCGGCUCUCCGGCUAUGCCCUCCUUGCCUGGAGCUUGCGCAACCUUGCAGACUGGGGAAUCGUGCCUCUGGCUUGCAUGCUGAGUGUAAGGGUGUGCUUGCCACUGUGGAAAGCUGGCUUACAUUUGCGAUGGAACCGCUUCGUGACAGCAGUGGUGCUGGACUUCAUUGUUUUUUGGUUCAUUGGCGCGGUUUGGGCUCCCGUGCAAAUUGUGCUUGGGUUCACGGCAGAUGAUAAUCUGCUUCCCGUGGUCAUGUUCUUGGUAUGGUCGGCUGUGGCGCUGGCGUUCUACUCACCCAUGUGUCCCCUGGCUCUACUUGGGAAGGGGCCGGUUCAUUUUCAUGCAUCUCUUACACGGACCGUAGUCGUUGGAACGACGUACACCCCUGAUCUUGUUGAGGUUGUUCUCAAAUCGGAAGGCUCAUUGUUCCCUGUCAGCUGUACUUUAGACUCGUGUUUUUGUUUUCACUUGUUUUCCCACAAGGGCACCCUUAUCCUACCAGCAAAUGGACGCAGCAGCAGAAUGUUUGCCUUCUCGUAA